AUGGCCCUCCGUCUUAAUGGUCAGCUUUUGUUAGUUAAAAUCGAGAUGGCGUUCCGCCCAGGCAUUGUUAGUAUGACAGAAGACCAAUCACCUAUCAAUAAGAAUGCUAUUACCCUUCAAGAAAAUAACAUUGAUCUGGACCUUCUUCUUCCUAACUUAAAUUUUGAUUUCGACUUUGAGGACAGAACUUACGCUCAGGGUGGCCAGCACAUUGCACGCCAGACGGAUAUCACACUUGCGUCAGCCAACGACUUUCAACUCGAUUACAAUGAUAUCAGAUUUAACAUAGACAUAGGAGGGGAUGGUAUCGGUUCUCAAGAUAUUGACCUUGGGCUUGACUUUGGAGACGGUGCUCCAGAAGUUGCGCCAUUGGGUGAUGCUGCCGCAGUCACAUAUCGCCUCACCACGCCUCCUCCUACACCUCCACCUAUCGAUCCAAUUGUGUCUCCUCGAGCUGGUGAAGCUAUCGAGCAGGGAAAUCAGGAGUCUGUUAAGAGGAGGGAAUUCCUGAACAAGAAACAGAUUAUUGAUCGUGUAACAGAACUUGAGGAUGGGCCGAGGAUGAACCUUGGCCGUGCCAGCCAAGCGAAAGUCAGCGAGAUCGUCACCAGGCAACAGUUCCUCCCUCGAUCUCGCAAUGUAAUGCGUCUUCUGGAAAUACGGCAAGACCCACUCGCUCAUUUCGUGCCGACGAAGACAACAGCGACCAAACUUGCAGAGAUGUUCACGCGUCCCAUUGCGAACAUUCUUGUACAUAAACGCCGUGAUACGUCACCGGAAAAGCCGAACAAGAAAGCCCGACUGGACAAGAAAAACAUUGAAGAAGAGGAUGAACAGGCAUGUCGUGCUGAGGGCCUUGCGCCUAGUGCUGCUCUCGGCAACGACGUACUGCGUCAUGGAGACCUGGAUCAUGGAGGUUUCGACUUUGGAGGAGACCAGACGGGCUCGAUUUGUCUAUUACUUAGUCCUAUCAUCCGUUCCUUGCAAUUAGUGGUGUGGUCGUCCUCAUUCACUUUGUCGCUUCCGUUGCUGUUCUUCAUCCCACUGCUUUUUCAAAAGGUCGUCUCGUCUCUGUUGAACCUCUCUUGUAUUCAUGAUUUUGGUAAAGUCAUUCAAGAGCUUCUUGUGCGACUCAUCCCAUGGGACGUCUCCGUGCUCAACUACCCUUAA